UUUUGGUUAAAAUAUCUUUAGAAGUAAACGUAGGAAUUUCAUUUUUAUUAUUUAAGGACACGUCAGAUUUCAGAUAAAGAAUUGUUAUUGUUGCGUAUUGAAGUUAGCUAGGGUUUAAAAUAUCGAAUAUAACGACGUAUCAUUUCAGGAAAUGUAAAUAAAAACAGUAUCGAGCAAUGGAUAUCCCUUACAGAAAGAUUUUGAUAUAUAUUUUAACCUUCGUUGCUUACGCUUACACAGGCGUGGGAUCCAAUAUAUUACGAAAUCUAAAAGAUGCAGUUUUAUCGGCCGAAUCUGUGUUUGGGGAUAUGUUUCGCAAUGUAAUAACAGUGGCUGAGAAAUUUCGUUCUUUGCACGAUGUGUUUGAUGCGGCGGUGGAGGAGGAUUGCAUAUUCACUUGUCCUGGUGGACAGAAGCCAGUUCGUAACAAAAAUCACAUACCUAAAUCUGAUGGAUGUGGUUCCUUAGGAUUUGAUAUAUCUACAGAAUAUUUACCAAUUGAAGAGAUGACAAAAUGUUGUGAUGCACAUGACAUAUGUUACGACACUUGUAACAGUGGUAAAGAAAUAUGUGAUUUAGAAUUCAAGCGGUGCUUGUAUAAUUAUUGUGAAACAUACAAAUCUGUAAAUAUUGGUGGAGACACUAUAUCAAAAGGUUGUAAAGGUGCAGCUAAACUAUUAUUCACAGGUACCCUAACCCUUGGUUGUAAAUCAUAUUUGGACGCACAAAAGAAUGCAUGUUAUUGUCCACCGACAAAGAGCAACAAGUAUAAAAAAUAUACAACUGGUGAUGGAGAGCUUUAAACUUAUUUUCUGUCUUGAUUUCCACUGCUAUAACAUUAUUACUCUCAAAAACUCAUCUCUCUCUUUUUGAAUAAAUAGAGAUUGACCCCCCUGAUGAACAGAACAGUAACAUGUAUUAUACCUGGUACAUGCUAAUUGAAGGUGUUGAGCAGUUGGACUAUGCAGUUAAAACUGAAGGUGCAUAGCCAGCUUUAGGAAUGUUACUCUUUUCAUUGA